AUUCUUCUUAGCCAAUCAGGGCACAGGGAGGUGAUGUAAUGCUUUAAAGAGCAGAAGUGGUGCUGAUGCUGCGCAGUCCGACAGCGGCAGAGAGACGGGACAAAACACAGACACACAGACAUCAUACCGAAGAGCCGAGGCUCAGUGACCCUCUGAGAUACAACAAUGACUCUCACAGCGUACAGAGAGAAGAUGAAGGAGCUUCCCCUGGUGGCCUACUUCUGCUCCUGCAUCAUUCCAGAGACUAAAGAGAAAACCAACAAAAAAACUCACCAAGGUGUGGUGGAUCUGAACUUGUGCCUUAUCAAAGACAUGGAGGUGAUCGAGCUGAACAAGCGAUCUUCAGGUCAGGCCUUUGAGGUCAUCCUGAGGCCUCCAUCGUUUGACGGUCAGAGAGAGUUUAAUCCCAGCAUCCCGCCCCGCAGAGACCCCUCACUGGAGGAGAUCCAGAAGAAGCUGGAUGCUGCAGAGGAGAGGAGGAAGGGUCAGGAGGCUGAACUCCUGAAAUAUUUGGCUGAAAAGCGAGAGCACGAGCGUGAAGUGGCUCAGAAAGCUGUGGAGGAACACAACAACUUCAUCAAGAUGGCCAAAGAAAAGCUGGAGCAGAGAAUGGAGAUCAACAAGGAGAACAGAGAAGCUCACAUCACUGCCAUGCUCGAGCGCCUACAAGAGAAGGAGAAGCACGCUGAGGAGGUGAGGAAAACCAAAGCUCAGAUGGAGGUGGACUGGCAGUAGAACAAACACACUGUGUUUCUGUUUCAUUUUAACUUCUUGUCCAUGUCACCUGAGCUUCAUCUGCCUGGAGGUUGAUGUUGUGAUGUAAUAACAGUUGUUAGGGAGGAGAAACAUGUGAUUUGGGUUUCAUUUCUGAGCUUUGGCGUGAGUUUUGGGAGCAGAACGCUCCGUAGCAGUAGUUGUGAUGUGUCUUUGUGAUGAUGUAAAAACAUGUAGUUGUGUAGCUGCAGUUGUUGUGUAUUAGUGUUAUCUGAUGUGUUAGGAAAAAAAUGUAAAAUAAAGUAAGGGUUAGAUAUUAGAGAAAGUGGGCGGGGUGAUCCAUGGAGCUUCUUCCUGUUUGUUUAACUGCUCUGCACGAUCUGAUAAAGUGUGUAAAACUCCGUU